AACGCUGGAGGACCUCUCUGCCAAUCCGUCAGCAUUUGCAUCUCCUCCGCGCGCGGAGACGGACCUCCUAUCUAGGCCCGCACUGCAACGGACAGGGACCGUCAGCUGAGACUCCUGACUGAUCCCAGGCCUGCUCACGACGCGCAAGCGGACGCAGCCGUGUGACACCCACCGUCAGACCCGUGCAGGCGCGCCCGCCCCCUUUCGAGCCUCCGACCUCGGCUCAGCUUUUCCAAACAUGUUCGCCUUUGUCGGCUACGCAGCCCAGAACUAGUGUUUUAGCUGUCGUCGCUGAGGCUGCGGAUGCGUAACCGCGCCAUGCCUCCGCGCCGCACUGCCCGCGCCUCUGCUCCUCAGGGCGAGCGGGAGACCUCCGCCGUCAGUGGAAAUUGAGAUGUCUUUUUUUCUCAGCCGCCCUGUCUGCUGGACGGGUGCCUUCCGAGAUGGUGUGUGGACCCAAACCGGGCUGCUUCUAUUCAGCAGACGAUGGAACAACCGACGGGGGCGCUUUGUGUGCCGGUCACUCGUGAGAUGAAGGAUAAGAAGAAAAAGAAGAAAUAUUAAAUGAAUUUGUUUUUUUGUUUGCUUGUUUUUUGGCGGGGAUCGGGAUGAGUGUGAUCGGAUGCUGAACGGACGCUUCUGGCUGGAAUUUAUUCCCGACUGCUUUCUCUGAGAAAGGGGCGGUGGGUCGUGCCGGUAUUGUUGCCCACUCCGCUCGUCGAUGAGUUGAUGUGGGAACACGCACCACCGCGGCUGCACAGAUGGCAAACGCAAGCGAGCUCGGGGAGAGCAGCCCGUCCUUACAGAACUACGCGUCCGCGGCCUCUGCGGUCAAGCUGGCCUCCCUGGGUCUGAUCACGGGCGUCAGCCUGCUGGGCAACGCGUCGCUGUCGCUGCUGCUGCUGAGGGACAGCUCGCUGCACAGGGCUCCCUACUAUUUCCUGCUGGACCUGUGCCUGGCAGACGUGGUCCGCUCAGCCGUGUGUUUCCCCUUCGUGAUGGCCUCGAUCGGCGGAGGCUCGGCGUGGCCGUACGGCGCGCUCAGCUGCAAGAUCGUCGCCUUCAUGUCGGUGCUCUUCUGCUUCCACGUCGCCUUCCUGCUCUUCUGCGUCAGCGUCACCCGGUACAUGGCGAUCGCCCACCACAGGUUUUACUCCAAGCGGAUGAAUCUGUGCACGUGCGUGGCGGUCAUCUGCAUGGUGUGGACUCUCUCCGUGGCCAUGGCUUUCCCCCCGGUUUUCGACGUGGGCACCUACAAGUUCGUCCGUGAGGAGGAGCAGUGCAUCUUCGAGCACCGCUACGUGAAGGCGAACGACACGCUGGGCUUCAUGCUGAUGCUGGCCGUCAUCGUGGGGACGACCCAUGCGGUUUACGUGAAGAUGCUGUGCUUCGUCUACGACCACCGCAAAAUGAAACCGGCCCAGCUGGUCCCGGCCAUCAGCCAGAACUGGACCUUCCACGGCCCCGGAGCCACCGGCCAGGCCGCCGCCAACUGGAUCGCCGGCUUCGGCCGCGGACCCACCCCGCCGACGCUGGUCGGCAUCAGGCAAGCUUCUCACCCCGGUAACAGGAGGCUGUUAGUGCUGGAUGAAUUUAAGAUGGAGAAACGCAUCGGAAAGAUGUACUACAUGAUCACACUGACCUUCCUGAUUCUCUGGGCUCCUUAUAUAAGCGCUUGCUACCUGAGAAUAUUUGUGCGGGCGGCCUCGGUCCCGCAGCUCUACCUGACCGCUGCGGUGUGGAUGAGUUUCGCCCAGGCGGGAGCGAACCCCAUCGUCAGCUUCCUGUUCAACAAGGAGCUCCGGAUGCGACUCAGAGCCAGUUUGCCCUGCUGCCUGGGAACACAGACGCCCAUGGAGCCAUACUGUGUCAUCUGAGCCGCGCUGGCCCCCAGAUAAAGCCAACUGCCAAAGACCCAUCUUGCUCCAGAAUGUACACAGACUGGUCCCCAAAAGGUGUGGUGCACACGCAGACAGGGAUUUUGUGGAGGCUGAGCCCGCUUCAGUUCAGUUUACGCACAUUUUCUUUUUAAAUUUGUGGCAAAGAGUUUACCAACUAUUUCAAUCUGAUCUUAAAAAAAAAA